AUGAAUCACAUCAAGGACGUUUUCGCGAAGUGUGCAGACGAGCAACGGCCUGCACUAAUUGGCCAUGUAACCGCGGGCUAUCCUGCCGUGGAAGAGACGCCAGAUGUCUUACUCGCUCUAGAGGCGGGUGGAGUUGACAUCAUCGAGCUUGGCGUACCGUUUACAGACCCAAUCGCCGAUACUCCAGCCAUCCAAUCCGCGAACAUGAAAGCCCUACUGAACGGGGUUAAAAUGAGCACUUGCUUGGAGAUGGUCCGGGCGGCCCGCACCAAAGGCCUGCAGGCGCCGGUGCUUCUGAUGGGCUACUUGAACCCUUUUCUAAGCUAUGGCGAGGAGACGAUGAUCAAGGAUGCCCGUGCCGCGGGCAUCGAUGGCUUGGUCAUCCUCGAUGCCCCUCCGGAGGAGGCCGUCCGCCUCAGGGACUACUGCACGCGAUAUGGCAUCUCGUAUGUACCCUUGGUUGCACCGACCACCGACGAGGCCCGGCUCGGUGUACUGGGAAAGAUUGCAGAUUCCUUCAUCUAUGUCGUCCCCGGCGGCACCCCCAAGGCAGAACUGUCCCAGCUAUUGGACAAGGUGCAUCAGUUCGCGGGCAAGACGCUGCCGGUGGCAAUCCGAUCGGAACCUCAAACCCACCAAGAGUUCGAGGAGAUCGGAGCCGUGGCCGAGGCCGUCGCCACGGCCGACCCGUUGGCUUGCGUGCUUAGCGAAGCGCGGGCUGGCCGGGCGGCCGCGGGCGUUGAAUCGCACGCAGCGGCCAUCAGCGGACGCCCUGCUGGCAUGAGCGGCAGGCCGUCCGGGUAUAAGCGGACGGACAGCGGCACAGCGCUUGUCGAUCAUCUGGAGGGGCUCGCAGUUGGCAAGGGCCCGGCCGCUGCCAUGGAUAGUGGCACCCACAUUGAGGGGUUCGGCGGGCAGUAUGUGCCUGAAGCCCUGAUGGGCUGCCUGGCCGAGCUGGAGGCGGGGUUCCAGGCAUGCAUGGACGACCCCAAAUUCUGGGAGGAGUUCCGCUCCUACUACUCGUUCCUGGGCCGGCCAGGUCAAUUGCACAAGGCGGAGCGGCUCACGGAGCACAUUGGCGGAGCUAACAUCUGGCUGAAGCGGGAGGAUCUCAACCACACGGGCAGCCACAAGAUCAACAACGCCCUUGGACAGAUCCUUCUGGCCCGCCGUCUGGGCAAGAAAGAAAUCAUCGCAGAAACGGGAGCUGGUCAGCACGGCGUGGCCACGGCGACGGUCUGCGCCAAAUUCGGCAUGAAGUGCACGAUCUACAUGGGAGCGGAGGAUGCGCGGCGUCAAGCGUUGAAUGUCUUCCGCAUCAGACUAUUGGGUGCGGAAGUGGUACCCGUCGAGGCUGGCUCGAAGACGCUGCGGAAUGCCGUCAAUGAGGCACUGCAGGCUUGGGUGGCCAAUUUGUCCACCACCCAUUACCUGAUUGGCUCUGCCAUCGGACCCCAUCCGUUCCCGCAGAUCGUCCGCACCUUCCAGAGCGUCAUCGGCCAAGAGACGCGCGCCUCGAUGCUCCAGCAAGCGGGCAAGCUCCCCGACGCGGUCGUCGCCUGCGUCGGCGGCGGCAGCAACGCCGUCGGCCUGUUCUACCCCUUCGCUCUCGACGGCGCAGGCGUCGUCCAACUCCUCGGCGUCGAGGCCGCCGGCGACGGCGCCGACACGCUGCGGCACAGCGCGACCCUCACCAACGGCACCGUCGGCGUCCUGCACGGCGUGCGCACCUACCUGCUGCAGGACGCCGACGGCCAGAUCCUCGACACGCACUCGAUAUCCGCCGGCUUGGACUACCCCGGCGUGGGCCCGCAGAUGGCGGCGUGGAAGGCGAGCGGGAGGGCGAGGUUCGUCGCGGCGACGGACGCGCAGGCGCUGAGCGGGUUCAGGCUGCUGUGUCAGUACGAGGGGGUCAUCCCGGCGCUGGAGACGGCGCAUGCGGUGUGGGGCGGGGUGGAGCUGGCGAGGGAGUUGGGCAAGGGGAAGGACGUCGUGAUCAAUGUCAGUGGGAGGGGCGAUAAGGACGUGCAGACUGUGGCCGAGGAGUUGCCGAGGCUGGGGAGGGAGAUUGGGUGGGAUUUGAGGUUUUAG